AUGAUUCCUCUCGCCAGGCACUCUGUUCUGCGGGCAGCCCGCUCCCAGCUCCAGCCCACCCGCACGCUGAGCCAGUCUUCGGCGCUCGCCCGUCUUCUCUCAACUCUCGCCGUUCUUGAGCAGCGCAAUGGCAAGCUGGAAUCUUCCUCUUUGUCUGCAAUUGCGGCUGCACAGAAGCUUGGUGGCUCAGUAACGGGUUUCCUUGCUGGCUCCGGCGUGAAGGGAACCUCGGCUGCCGAAGCUGCCAAGAUCAAGGGCAUCGAGAAAGUGCUGGCCGUGGAGAAUGACGCAUACGAAAAGGGCCUCCCCGAAAACUAUGCCCCUCUUCUAGUUGAGAACAUCAAGAAGGGCGAAUUCACCCACAUCGUUGCGGGCCACUCUGCCUUCGGCAAGAGCCUGCUGCCCCGUGUGGCCGCUCUCUUGGACGUGCAGCAAAUCUCCGACAUCACCGGCAUUGAGAGCGAGGACACUUUCGUGCGCCCCAUCUACGCCGGCAACGCCAUUCUUACCGUCCAAUCAACCGACAACAUCAAGGUGAUCACCGUGCGAGGCACUGCCUUCCAAGGCGUCGAGACCGAGGGCGGCUCCGCCGAGAUCGUCGACGGCGUGGACCCCAAUGUCCCUGCGACAACCGAGUGGGUGUCUGAAGAGCUGGCCAAGUCCGAGCGCCCGGAUCUUGCGACCGCUACCCGGGUCGUGUCUGGAGGCCGUGGCCUGAAGUCCAAGGAAGAGUUCGACCGCAUCAUGCUUCCGCUGGCGGACUCCCUCGGUGCUGCCAUUGGUGCCUCGCGUGCUGCUGUUGACAGUGGUUUCGCUGAUAACAGUCUGCAGGUUGGUCAGACCGGUAAGAACGUCGCUCCUCAGCUCUACCUCUGCGCCGGUAUCUCGGGUGCCAUCCAGCACUUGGCCGGUAUGAAGGACAGCAAGGUUAUUGCUGCCAUCAACAAGGAUCCUGAGGCUCCUAUCUUCCAGGUUGCUGAUGUUGGCCUCGUCGGUGACUUGUUUGACAAAGUGCCUGAGUUGACUGAGAAGUUGAAGAGCGCAUGA